CUCGCAGGAGGGAAAGUUCAGCGGCAGCAGCCGGAGCUACGUAGCCAAAGGGGCCGGCUCCACGGUCUGCAGUGUUGCCUGGGUGACGGCGCUGAGCUGAACACGGUGCUAGCAGAAGGGGGCGGUACUUUCCCUCUGGACCCUGACUUGGAAGCCAAGUGCGACUUCUCCGCAGUCACCACUAGAAGCAGAUGUGCGACGGAGCAGCUGUUCACCUUUCUUUCUGCCGAGUGCCAGGGUGGCUCCCCCACAGCACUGAGGAAGAAGGAAACUAGGCAGAUCCCUCUGCAGAGAAAGACUCCCAGCUGACUCAGCUUGCAUCCCUGACUGAGACAUCUUACCUCUGGGAGAGGCUCCGUUUCCCUCAGGUCCCUUGGGCAGACCUCUAUUGCUCCCUGUUGAUGUCACGUCUGCUGCUUGUCCUGACUGACUGCCUCAAAGCUCUCUGAAGCUAGAGUGAGUGGGGUAACAGGUGGGAAUGGAAGAUACUUGCCUCGAGAAGACCCCCUCUACCAAGUUUUGUCUACCGAGAUCCACAGUCAAAGCAAACGGAAAGGGGGACAAGAGGUUCCCCCUCAUCUUCAGCAUACCUGGAAGGCUAUGAUGGAAACAAAUGAAGGAACUUGGAGGCUCCACUUGACUGACUGUUUCUGUCUAGAAAAUCUUCCCUUGGAAGCAGGAGAGGCGUCUCAUGUAAUGGCUGACUUCCAAAGGCAGGCCAUGUUCUAGAAGGAAAUGGAUGAAACUGGUUCAGGGGACUUCAGUGGCAUUGUGGUGUAACCAGAAAAGCCCGUAUUGGUAGCCCUCGUGGUGCCCUGGGAUGUUGGAUACUCUGGACCUGGACGCAUGGCCUGUACCUGAGUGAGGAUGGUCCGCCGCGGGCUGCUGGGGUGGAUUUCUCGGGUAGUGAUUCUGCUGGUGCUUCUCUGUUGUGCUAUCUCUGUCCUCUACAUGUUAGCCUGCACCCCAAAAGGCGACCAGGAGCAGCUGGGACUGCCACGGGCCAAUGGCCCCACAGGCAAAGAUGGCUACCAAGCGGUGCUGCAGGAGCGCGAGGAACAGCAUCGCAACUAUGUGAAUAGCCUUAAACGACAGAUCGCGCAGCUAAAGGAUGAACUGCAGGCACGCAGUGAACAGCUCCGCAGUGGGCAGGACCAGGCCAGCGAUGCCACCAGCCUGCGCUCAGGCUGGGACCCUGAACCCAAAGCCCAGGCCGAUAUGCUGGCCUUCCUGCGUGGGCAGGUGGACAAGGCCGAGGUCCAUGCAGGUGUCAAGCUGGCCACGGAGUAUGCUGCUGUGCCUUUCGAUAGUUUCACUCUGCAGAAAGUAUACCAGCUGGAGACCGGCCUGACCCGCCACCCUGAGGAGAAGCCAGUGAGGAAGGACAAACGUGACGAGCUGGUCGAAGCCAUCGAAUCAGCCCUAGAGAGUCUAAAUGGCCCUGCGGAGAGCAGCCCACGCCAGCAUCCUUACACAGCUGCAGACUUCAUAGAAGGGAUCUACAGAACAGAAAGGGACAAAGGCACUUUGUAUGAGCUGACCUUCAAAGGGGACCACAAGCAUGAAUUCCAGAGACUUGUCCUAUUUCGACCUUUCGGCCCCAUCUUGAAAGUGAAAAAGGAAAAACUCAACAUGGCCAACACGCUCAUCAACGUUAUCGUGCCCCUAGCGAGGAGGGUGGACAAGUUCCGGCACUUCAUGCAGAACUUCAGGGAGAUGUGCAUCCAACAGGACGGGAGAGUUCAUCUCACCGUUGUUUACUUUGGGAAAGAAGAAAUGAAUGAAGUUAAAGGAAUACUUGAAAACACUUCCAAAGCUGCCAAUUUCAGAAACUUCACCUUCAUCCAGCUGAAUGGAGAAUUCUCUCGGGGAAAGGGACUGGAUGUCGGAGCCCGCUUCUGGAAGGGAAGUAACGUCCUGCUCUUUUUCUGCGAUGUAGACAUCUACUUCACAUCGGAGUUCCUCAACACAUGUAGACUGAACACACAGCCAGGGAAGAAGGUAUUUUAUCCGGUUCUCUUCAGUCAGUAUAACCCUGGCAUAAUCUACGGCCAUCAUGAUGCAAUCCCUCCACUAGAACAGCAGCUGGUCAUAAAGAAGGAAACAGGAUUUUGGAGGGACUUUGGAUUUGGGAUGACUUGUCAGUAUCGGUCAGACUUCAUCAACAUAGGUGGCUUUGACCUGGACAUCAAAGGCUGGGGCGGUGAAGAUGUGCACCUGUACCGGAAAUAUCUCCAUAGCAACCUUAUAGUGGUACGCACACCUGUACGGGGACUUUUCCACCUUUGGCAUGAAAAGCACUGUAUGGAUGAACUGACCCCUGAGCAGUAUAAGAUGUGCAUGCAGUCAAAAGCUAUGAAUGAAGCGUCCCACGGACAGCUGGGGAUGCUUGUCUUCCGGCAUGAAAUAGAGGCUCACCUUCGCAAACAGAAGCAGAAAGCAAGCGGUAAAAAGACAUGAUCUCCUAGGCACAGGGGAGCAGAGACAUUUAAAAUGUUUGCCUUUGUCAGUUACUAAAGAAAUAAAUGCAACAAGGUAUAAACUUCCACAAAGGGCAACAAAGUAUCUGACUGAUGAGUAAGAGAGGAAUGGAGACUCUCAGGAUUCUGUUGGCUCUGUGUGUGGUGACCCUGACUGUGUUUACAGCAAAAUGAUCUCUCUGGUUCCUGCUCACUGAGAUACAACUGCUGACCAGUUUUCUAGAACAUUUACUGGAAUGGGAUGCAAACACACUGGUUUCUCGUCUUAGGAUUUGUUACAUCAGAGGGCUUUGGUACUACCAGGACUACCAAAGUCUCAGAAGAAAGAGAGAAUCUGUGGAGAUCUCUGACAUUAGCAUCCUCCAGGAGACAGUGAGCAAAGCAAAGGGACCUGGAAACAAUCCGUCGAAACUGUCAUUUCCCCAGUAUUAACCAAAAAGAGCAAAAAUAAAAACACAAAAAACAAAACCAACAAAAAAAACCCUCUUUCCCAUUAUUGUUUAGUCAUCUUUAUUCUAAAAAUGCACUUUUUUUGCUUCUGCGUAUUAUACUUAUUUAAUUACCCAUUUACAAGCCUUAGUAGGAGCCUAUUAGAGUAUAUUAUGAUUUCUUUUAAGAUUUUAUUUUAUUUUUUGUUGUUUUUGUUGAUUUGUUUACUUGAGACAGUCUUGACACAGAGCCCGAGAUAAACUUGAAAUUGUGAUCCUCCUGCCUCCGAAGCCUGAGUGCUGAGAUUACAGGUGUGUACCACCACAGCUGGCAAGAAGAGACAUGCAGAGGUGUGGGACAGGAACCUCCAUUGUAAGCAUGAGAACUGACCGAAGGACUUACUAGUCUCAGACCAUGCUAAGGCUAGUGUGGGGCUGCAGAGAGAAAGGUAUCCAAAAACUAUCUAAGACUUUCCAAAGAGGAACAAUCAAACACUGGAGAAAGAAAAAGACACUUUCCUCUUCAUGAAAAAAAGGACACUAAGAAGACCUUGGUAUAUUUACAAGAGAAUAUAGUUUCUCCUCUGGAGAAAUGGGGACCACUUUCUUACCUGUUUGAAUAAACCAAAGUUAUGAACCAAUCACUUUUCAAAACAGGGUGCUCUUCUUGGUCUCUGGUUUGCAUAAGAAGAAAAUGCAGAAUAUAUAUAUAUAUAUAUAAUUAUAUUUUGAAAGACCAAUCCAUUAAUCCAGCGAGAUGGAAGAUUUUGCUACAUUUCCAUUCACUCCUGGCUAUGAGGAAGCAACUUAUUUUUAAAAUAAGCAAUGUUACCUGAUUGCCAAGAUGCUUCUGAAACAUUUUCUUACAACUCCAAAUUCUUUUUUUUUAAAAAAAAAAAAAAAUAUGGUUAACAUUGAGUGGUUUCUACAUCCAUAUGCAAAUUAUUUAUUUAUUAGCCAGCACCAGAUGCAUGAGCUGAUUACCUCUCCUGUCUCUGUGCCUUCUGUUUGCCCACAGUGAAUUCAUUGUUUAAAUGCUUCAAGAACACUCAAGCUGUGUGUUUAAAAAAAAAAAAAAAGCAUUGUAUUGAUUUGUACUGGUAGUUUAUAAAAUUUAAUUAAAACACAAGACAUGAAUGAAAGGUGGCAUUGCACAGCUAAUAAAAUUUGUGAAUUUGAUUUCUUCCCAUAAUAGGAUUGUGUGUCUUGAGUUUGGGGAAAUACUUUUGUGCAUAGAUCAGGACUUCCUGGUGCUGGCACUGUUGAAUUUUGGAGCUUGAUCACUUAGUGGGGGAAGGAAAAGUACCAUGCAAAAUCCCUGCAGUCCCUCUACAUGCCAAAUGUCAGGGUGCCUCCCAUUCGGCUUUUGACACCCAGAAUGUCUCAAUCACUGUCGAAUACUAAAGGAACAGGAGCAUGACCCCUGGCUGAGAACCUCUAGGACAGAAUGAAAAAUCUGGCAUUUCAUUUAUGCUAAUUUUACUUAGAUGGCAUUGAAAAAAAAUGAUUUCUGAAACCCCUUUACAGUCACAUGCUCUGGUGAUUUUAGAGGUUUCAGGGCCUGUGGCUGUCAUUUCCCAAUAGUGGUCCUGAUGGACUUGUGACUGACUCACGCUGUCACAGAGUCAGGGGCAUUGCUAUCUCAGGAGAAGUGAUGGCAUCAAACAAAUCAAGCGGGUCAGGAUGUCUCUUGGUGUUGGGGGCCCUGGAUGACUCCACGGCAGUCAGCAUUUGAUAUGGGCCCUCCGUGUUACAGACGCCCAUGAUGCUGAGUAAGACUUGUGUGUUUCUUCAGACAAGGUCUCCCGGAGCCAGGAUGGGCUGAAACUCACAGUGCUUCUUCUGCCUCAGACUCUCAAGUGCCUUGGUUGUGGCUGUGUACAAGCACAGCUGGCCAUGAAUUGAUUUUAACAGUUGCUCAGGGAACUAGGAAGAACGCUUGGUGGAUAGAGUGAGCUCACGUCCCCUCUAGCCCCGAAACUGUGAAAAUGGAGAGCAAAGACUGGAACGAAGCUGCUCUGGCUGGAACUGCAUGCUCCAGGCACCGCGAAGGAUCUGUGUCUCAAAACUCCAGUGGACAGCAGUGGAGCAAGACACCCAAUGUGUGCACACAUGGUGGGAACGCAGAAGGAAGCGUACUACUUUAUGUGAUGAUUUGAAAAGAAAUCUAAUUUAAAGCUACUGAGGGAGCUCUGAGCACUGACUGCACUUCCACAGGUCCUGAGUUCAAAUCCCCAGCACCCACAUGGUGGCUCACAACCACCCAUUAUGGAAUCUGCUACCCUAUUUCUUGUGUAUCUGAAGACAGCUACAAUGUACUCGUAAAUAAAAUAAACAAAUCUUUAAAAAAAAAUGUCACUGGGGGUAACAGUGGUGGUUUGAAUAGGUUCGGCCCACAUAGACUCAUGGGUUUGAACACUUGACCCACAGAGGGUGGCAUGAUUAAGAGGUAUUAACUUGUUGGAGUAGGUGUGAACCUGUUGGAGUAGGUGUGAACCUGUUGGAGUAUUUAUGGCAUUGUUGGAGUAGGUGUGAACCUGUUGGAGUAGGUGUGAACCUGUUGGACUAGGUGUGAACCUGUUGGAGCAGGUGUCAACCUGUUGGAGUAGGUGUCAACCUGUUGGAGUAGGUGUCAACCUGUUGGAGUAUUUAUGGCCUUGUUGGAUGGAGGAAGUAUGUCAUUGAGGAGGUGGGCUUUGAGGUUUCCUAUGCUCAGUUUCUGCUCAGUAUGGAAUGAGACCCUUCUGCUGGCUGCCUACAGAAGACACUUCAUCCUGGCUCCUUUGGAUCGAGAUGUAGAACUCUUGGCUCCUCCAGCACCAUGGCUUCCCGCCAUGAUGAUUAUGGACUGAACCUCUGAAACUGUACACCAGCCCCAAUGAAAUAUUGUACUUAGAAGAGCUGCCUUGGUCAUGGUGUCUCUUCCCAGCAAUAAAACCCAUAAGAGAGUAAAGAAUGUAUUAAACACUCCCCACCUCCCCCUGGUUUAAAGCUUAGCUUAGUUGCAUGUGCAGCUCCAAUUCGAAAUGUCCCCCUGAAGGUUCAUCUGUUCAAAGCAUGGACGUCAGUGAAUGGGAUCCUGAAUGAGCCCCCUCCCUAAGGAGUCUCCGACGUCACUAAUACAUUCAUACUUUGGGAAUCGAUACUUCAUGCAUUCAUAUGUUCCCGACUUUCAUAAUUUGAUGGGAGUAGACAGCAGGGCAGUCAGGACUUCGGAGGAGGAAGAUCUAGUCCUGGUCCUCUGGGCUCUUCCCAGCUUUCUUCACUUCUUCACUUAGGGUCCACUUGUAGGGAAAUGUAACCCCAACCUUAUGGAAAUGAAGGUCUGAGAGGCCUCACUCCUCCUCAAUCAGGGGCUGAAAUUCAAACUUAGACAUCAAAGGAAAACAGAAGUGAAAUUGCAUUGAAGAACUCAGGUAUAUUUCCUCCUGCAAAGAAAGGACACUGCCAAAUGCCCAGUUUAUCAAAGGCCCCUUCUAAGUUCAUGAAUAUUUACUCUAUUCCUUGUCCCUAUCUGUUGCCUGAGCAAUACGAUUUUUUGGUUGUUUCUUGAGACAAUGGGAUCUCUCAUUUGUAGCCCAAGAUGUACUGAAACUCAGUGUUCCUUCUGGCUCAUAUUCUCAGGUGACUGGGUUACAGCUGGGUAUGAGAGCACCUAGAAAAGAGAUUAAUCUACUUGAGGCCCCAAUCAGGUGCUACUAUUGAUUCUGUUGUGUGAGAGCUGUUAGCAGCUCUUUCCCACUCCUUCAUUGAUGACAGAGUGAAUCUUCAAAAUCAGAGCGUUUGUGCUACAGGAACUGGCAGUUACCGUGACAGAGCAGCCCUCUCACCUUUGAGCCACCUCCCCACUCUAGCCUUUUGUUAAACAUUGGCAACCUAUUGGUUGCCAAGCAAUACAUUGAUUCCAAGCAAUACAUCUCACACCCUUGUGCUGGAUCUCUGCAGUCUUCCGCCUUCCAGCACACACAGACCCAGCUAGUGCGUCCAUAAGCGUGGACACCUUACCUUCAUCCACACUCAGUAAGUAGCUCCCAGAAUUUUAACUCUUUAUUUAAGGGGAAAACAAAACCUCUCUAUUUUUUUUAUCUAAUCACACCAGGGCUUGGGCCCAUGUGGUAACUGUUGGUAUUCUGUCUAAGCUCCACCCCACACCUACCUGGCAAUAGCCAGGUAUGCCCCACCCCAUAGAUCUGGCCCACUAUAAAAGGGGCUACUUGCCAGCUACUAGUGGCCAGCCACCAUUACUCACUCUCUCUCUCUCUCUCUCUCUCUCUCUCUCUCUCUCUCUGCCUUUCUCUACUUUCACUAUACCACUAACUUUCAACCUCUACCCUGAAUAAACUCUAUUCUAUACCAUGCCUGUGUGUGUGUGGUCCCUCAGGGGAAAGAGGUGCCUGGACAAGGUCCUGCCUGGGUACCCCCUUCCCCCACACCGCCGUGCCACAUUUCUCUAAACCCCCAAUCCUCUCUUUUUAAGCCCCUUCAGUAACUGUUAUGGCUUCUGCAUAGAGACACCAUCUGCAGCUUGCAUGGUUUGAAAUGAGUCACUCCAUGUCUCUACAUAUCCCCGUUUCUUCCUUUAUGGUGCCGAGUACAAUCUUGUCUGUAGCCUACAAUUGUUUCCGAGUUAGAUGAGUCAGUGCAGAUACAGUAUUUAGGGCCUGGCCAGCACUUGGGAUAUGUCUUCACACUGCCUUUGGACAGUGUUGAGUUUCUCAGUAUACCCUAAACGUCGGGGGCCCAAGUGUGGGCCAUCCAUUUGAGAUUAUGAAACCACCAUGAACUUUUGUCCUUUGUUUUGUUAUUCUGAGAUGUUUGUUAA